GGGCCGGCACCGCCCGCGGGCCAGCAGGGUGCGUUGCGCCGCGCGGUGUCUGAGGCGGCGGCUCCGCUCCGCGCCCGCCGCGCCCGCUCCCGCCGGUACCGGAGAUUUGUCCUUUCCCCCCUGCAGCGAGUGCCAGAGGAGGUGGGGACACCUGCCCAGGAGCCAUCGAGGAAUCCAGAAAAAAAAUCGAGGAAUCCACCCCAGGAGAACGAGGCUGCUCUGCAGUAGGAAGGAUUCUGCUGUGCUGGGGCCCGGAGCCGAUGGCAGAGAAUGUCCACGACUAACAACAUAGCUCAGGCUCGGAAGCUCGUGGAGCAGCUCCGCAUCGAGGCCGGGAUCGAGAGGAUCAAGGUCUCCAAAGCAUCCUCGGAGCUGAUGAAUUACUGCGAGCAGCACGCUCGGAAUGAUCCUCUCCUGGUGGGAGUUCCUGCUUCUGAGAAUCCCUUUAAGGACAAAAAGCCCUGUAUCAUCCUAUAGCUGUGGAUCCUUCUGGAAGGAAAUCCCCAUCCAGCCUCUGGAUCCAGGCUCCUCCACACCUCCACCUGCACCCAGGGGUAAAAACUCAACGCUGGCUUCAAACAGAACUUAAAAAUUCCCAAGAAAAAACAAAACAAAACAAAAAAUCCAAGAAAAACAAAACAAAAAACCCACCCAAAAAAACAUCCUGAAAAGAGAAAUUUGGAAGCAGGGGUUUUUAGGGAAGGGGUGGCUGCUUCCUAGGAAGGAAAUUGGGAUUAAGAAUUGGAAUCAGGAUUUUAACAUUUAUCCAGGGUUGAAGGAGGAAAGGAAGGGCUGGGGGGGGGAUUUUUUUAUUGGGAUAUUUGGAUUUGGGAAAGGGGUGGUGGAGGAGGAGGUGGGGGGGUCAUUCCCAGUGGGUUGUGAGAGCUGGGCCUGGAUCCAACCAGAGCCCAACCAGCAGGAAUUUCCUCUGGAGAAGGGGUGAGGUGGGAACCAUUUUGUAAAAAAUCAGUACAAAAACAAAAAAAACCCCAAAAUCCUCAAAUCCAGCUGGAAGAAUCCCUGUUGGGAAUGGCCAAAGGGAGGCUGAGGAGGCUUUUCCCUGCAUCCCAUGGCUCUGCUGGAAUCCAGGGAUGGCCCUGCAGGGGAAUUCCCAGCUGGGAGAGAUCCCAGGAGGAAUUUUAGGGAGCCCCAGGGAUGGGGGAGGUCGGGAUCUUUGGGGGGGUCUCUGUGCUGUCCCCAAAUUCAGGGAGGGAGGGAAGGGAAGGAGCUUCCUGGUGCAUCCAGAAUCUUGGAAAAACCGACUUUUGGGGGGAGUUUCAACCCAAAUCAGCAAAUUCUCAGCGUUUCCCAUCUCCCUUUUCCACACUGGAAUUCUUCCCACUAAAUCCAGGCCCUGGGAAAUGUCCAGGGAAGUUUAGGGCAGAUGGGGAAGGGGAGUGGAAGGACCAGUUCUGUUCCCAUCCCUUGGGAAUCUGGGACUGGGAUUGAACUGGGAGAGCUUGGAUCUCACUGGGAUGACCUGGCAUGGAGGGAGAGCAGGGAAAGGGGAACAGGAAAAGGGGGAGCAGGGAAAGGGGAGAAGGAAAAG